AUUAGUUCUCUAAACAUCCACAGGCUUCAAGCGCAAAAUAAAGAAUGAUAACACCGGAGGACUUCUACGCCGUGAUGUGCGCGAUGGCCCCUCUCUACUCCGCAAUGCUCCUCGCCUACGCUGCCGUCCGCCGGUGGCACGUGUUCACCCCGGACCAAUGCUCCGGCAUCAACCGCUUCGUCGCCACCUUCGCCGUCCCUGUCCUCUCCUUCCACUUCAUCUCCCUCAACAACCCGUACACCAUGGACCUCCGCUUCCUCCUCGCCGACACCCUCUCCAAACUCCUCGUCCUCGCCCUCGGCCGCCGCAUCGAUUGGCUCAUCACCCUAUUCUCGGUCGCCACGUUGCCCAACACCCUAGUCAUGGGCAUCCCUUUGCUACGAGCCAUGUACGGCAGCUUUACGCAGAACCUCAUGGUCCAAGUAGUAGUACUUCAGAUGCCCGGAGCUUUUGUUAUGCUAAGGCUAAUAUUGACCAUGGUUGGCCGAAAACUUUCUCGCAACCCUAACACUUAUUCAAGUGUUUUAGGCCUCCUUUGGUCCUUGAUCUCCUUCCAGUGGGGAAUUGAUAUGCCAAGUUUGGUAAGUAAUUCGAUAAAGAUAAUUUCAGAUGCAGGACUUGGAAUGGCCAUGUUCAGUCUAGGUUUAUUCAUGGCGCUUCAACCGAGAAUCAUCGCUUGUGGGACUAAGAUGACAAUUCUAAGUAUGUUGAUCCGUUUUAUUGCUGGGCCUAUGAUAAUGUCAAUGACAUCAAUGGCUGUUGGAUUGAAAGGAGCACGGUUGCAUACUGCAAUCGUUCAGGCAGCUCUCCCUCAGGGAAUAGUACCUUUUGUGUUUGCAAGAGAAUAUGGAUUGCAUCCUGACAUACUGAGUACCGGGGUUAUCUUUGGCAUGCUUGUAUCUUUGCCCAUGACACUUCUCUACUAUAUACUCUUGGGGCUAUGAAGGAAGGGGGACGGACACAAUCAUCAAAUCAGACUAAGUAGGAGAGUCGAUGCAAGAUUGAAACUCAUUGUGAGCCUAGAUUGAGCUAUAUAUGCUCUAGAGAUUGUUGUUUCGAAUCUAUAGUCCUCGUGAUAGCAACGCAAUCCAAUAUGAGAUCCUUCUCAAUUAUCACAACUCUAGAGUCCUUUUUGUUAGGUUGAAUUUAAGAGAUUUUCAAUGAGCAAAGGGUGAUCGUAUAUCAAUGCAUGAAGCUGUUAGUGGUGGCCGAAAGGAGAGUAAUCAUGGCCUAAGAUGAGUAAACUACGAGGGGAUAUAAUGAGAUAUAUAGGAUUCUCAUGCGUGUUUUUGACUAACUAGCUAGUAUCUAAUUAUUUCAUCCACUAUCACCCUUUGCACUUGUUACUACUGUACUAAUGAUUGUCUUCUCAAAGUUUAUGUUUCCACAAAUGGUAAAAGUACUGAUGAUUAGA